AUGGAGAUCGGCGGCGGGUCACUGUGGCAUCACCGGAGGAACAUCCUCAUCUGUUCCUGUGUCUGCCUGUCUACCUUCCAAUACGGAUUCGACUACGGCCUCACCAGUGGUCUGCAAGCUAUGCCGGGAUUUCUCGCAGUGUUCGGUUACAAAGACCCGACCUUGCCUUCGGGAUACGGGAUAGACAGCACCGUGCAGCAGCUAAUCAACUCACUGAUGACGGCCGGGGCAUUCUUAGGAAGCCUUGCGGUUGGCCCGCUCGGAAAGUUUGUGGGACGACGGUGGGCCCUUUGGGGCGCCUGCAUCUUGAACCACCGCUGGAAGGUCGGUGCCAUACUCAUGGUCUCGUCUACCGAAUUCGCCGCCCUCUACGCCAGCCGCGUGAUUAUCGGCCUUGCCAAUGGUCUCUUCAUGGUUGAGACGCAGCUGUACAUCCAAGAGUCUGCCGUGCCGAGCUACCGCGGCUUCCUCAUGGGAAUAUACCAAGUAUGCCUUGCCCUGGGCAGCAUCAUCGGGUCAAUUGUCGACAACUACACCGCGGACCAACUUGGCAAGUCGUCGUAUCAAAUCCCGUGCGGAUGCUUGUUCAUCGUCCCGACCUUCCUCCUGUUCGCGCUCCCGUUUCUACCCGAGACCCCCAGGUGGCUCAUCGAACAAGGCCGAAACACCGAGGCCCGCACAGCCCUCGUUCGGCUCCGUGCGACUUCGACAGACCAUCACGUCAUCGACGCAGAGCUAAACGAAAUGGUGGAAGCAACGCAGAUGGAGCACGAGAACGACAAGGGCUCGCUCAUGCUGUUCGACAUGGUCAAGGGGAUCAACAGACGACGAUCGGCUCUCUCGGUCUGCCUCGUUGUCUCUCUUUCCGCGACGGGAAACCUCUUUUUUAUCAUCUACGGGACUUAUUUCUUCGCCCUCGCCGGUACGAGCGAGCCGUUUGCCGAGACAAUAGGGAUGAACUGCGCCGGACUGGCAGGCGUCCUGCUGUCGCUCUACCUGAUCACGUACCUCGGUCGACGAACCAUCCUGCUCAUGGGUGCAGCCGUUCAAGGCCUGUGUAUGAUGUCGAUCGGCGCGGUGACUAGUUCUGGAGCCACGUCCCGCGCUGCCAGCAGGUGCAUGGUUGCGUUUGUCGUCAUCCACAUGUUCUUCUACACCAUGUGCACCGCGCCCUAUCUCUAUCUCGUCUCCGGUGAAAUCCCAUCAAACAGACUGAGGAGCCUCACCCUUGGAAUUGCCUCUUCAUUCGGUUUUGUCGCCGCCUGGAUAAUUUCGUUUACCAUUCCCUACUUCCUCAACCCGCAGGAGCUCAACUGGGGUGCAAAGUACGCUUGGAUCUGGUUCGGCUCCAACGUGGCAUACUUCCUUUUCAUGUUCUUCUACCUUCCCGAGACCAAGGACCGUACUCUCGAAGAGAUCGACGAGAUGUUUGAAGAGAAGGUGCCGGCAUGGAAGUUCAAGGGCUACACGAGCGAGGAAAAACCCGUUGUGGAGGUUGCAGAGUCUAUCGAAAUGAGCGACAGCCAGCAUAGGGCCUAA